AUGGCACUCUCACAUAGCUCUGCUCCAUUUCUGAUAGUUUCUCUACUUUUAAUCUCCGUCACAUUAAUAAGCGUAAAAGCUAAUCUGAUAGACGAUAUCUGCUCAAAAACACAAAAAAAUGAUGUAUGCUUAUCCGUUUUAAGGGAGGAUCCUCGAUCCAAAGAUUCAAAUCUUGAAGAUCUUAUGACGAUUGCAAUAGACUUAUCACAAAAACACACACAAUACAUGCGUAAUCUUGUUGCAAUGUUAUUUAAUAAAGAGGCAAAUUCAACAAUAAAGACGCGAUAUUCUUUGUGUUGGGAAAAUUAUAAUGACGCUAUUUCUAAUCUUGGAUAUUUGCCAGAAUUAUUAAAGUCCAAAGAUUAUGAAGGUUUGAAUAUGCAUGCUUCCGCUGCUCUAAGUUAUCCUUCUAAGUGUGAUGAUAAUUUUUCUGAACUACCUGUUGAACCGGUCCAGCUUAAAGUUGCUAAUGAAAACCUUCGAGAACUUAUUGAUAUUAUUUUGGUCAUUAACAAGCUACUGAAAGGUUGA